AUGAAGUUGUUUAUAAUCGUGAUCGUCAGUGUUGCGCUCGCAGGGACGACUACACGGGUGGAAUGUGCCAACGUUCUCGUGCUAAUGAGUGUUGUGUCACAGAGUCAUUUCAUAUGGAUACGACCUAUAGUAAAUCGAUUGGCAGAGGUAGGUCACAACGUUACAGUGCUCUCGGUCAACGUUGACACCCGAGCUCCGAAAAACGUCACCUACAUUCAUCUAGAAAACAGCUACAACACCCUGUACGGUAAUGGGACGCUAGCCCGGAACGACAUUCUAAAGCGAUCGAAUGAAUCGCCAAUGGCAGCUACCAUGUCCUUUUAUCGGUUUGGAUUGCUUGGCUGUGAGGGUGCCGUAACCUCAAAAGGCCUGCAAAAGAUACUUCAAUACCCUUCAGACUUCCGGUUCGAUCUCGUGAUCUACGACUUCACCUGUGGUCCAUGUCUGCUUGGAUUGCUUCACAAAUUCCACUACCCACCGCUAAUCAGCGUCACCGGAUUCGGAGUACCUCAGUUUACUGAGCGUCUUGUUGGUGGACAUAAAGAUACCUCCUACAUACCUCAUUUCACGCAGCUCACCGACAAUCCGAUGCCAUUUAUCCAACGUUUCUCGAACACACUGCUUCAUCUGUUUGAUGCAAUCUACCGGCAGUUUGUCUUUUUGCCACAAAUGACACGCAUAGCCCAACAAGCGUUCGAUUUUCCACUGCCCGAUCUGGCCGAACUGGAGCAAAGGACACUCAUAAUGCUUACCAAUUCCAAUCCCGCACUCGACCCACCUGAAAGCAUGCCGCCGAACGUGAUUCCUGUCGGUGGACUCCAAAUUAUCGAUCCGAAACCUUUGCCACCAGAGCUGGACGCUUUCAUUAGGAACGCACCGAAGGGCGCAGUGCUGUUCGCGAUGGGAACUAACUUUAAAAGCAAAAUGUUUACCACCGAACGACAAGCAAUGUUUCUGGAAGCGUUCGCACGCUUUCCGGAGUACCACAUCCUGUGGAAGUUUGAUGACGUUCAGCUUCCGAGACAGGCGAGCUCCAAUGUGAUGGUACGACAAUGGUUGCCGCAGAAUGAUAUUCUCGCACAGCCUCGUCUGAAGGCGUUCAUUACACACUGUGGACUUAUGAGCACACAGGAGGCAACGUAUUAUGCUGUCCCGAUGAUUGGAAUUCCAAUAUACGUCGAUCAGCAUCUUAACCUCCAUCGUUCCAUACAGGCAGGUGGUGGAGUUCACCUAGACUUAGCAAACCUCUCCACCGCUGGCAUAGUGGCGGCCUUGAAGAAAGUUCUUGAAAACGAGUCAUAUCAACUGGCGAUCAAUAGACGUUCGGCUUUAUUUCGUGAUCAGCCCGAAAAACCACUCGAACGCGCCAUCUGGUGGAUAGAGUGGGCACUAAGACACCCGCACGAAGAUCGACUUCGCUCAAGAACGGUUGAGAUGGGUAAAUUUGUUGCCAACGGGUACGAUGUGGCCGCAUGUGUAUUGCUGCUUGUCGGAGGUCUAUUCAUAGCGAUUUGGAAAAUGUUGUCACAAGUGUGUCAUCAACCCAGCAUGAAACAAAAGGCAAAACUACAAUAA